CUAGGGCGGGGUGAGACAGCGCAGAGUGCGAGGGGGAGAGGAGCGAGCGCCUUCCCUUAAAGACCGCGUCCCGCCGUCUCCGGCCCGUGAACUCUUCCGUGCCGCAGCCGCCCCCCUCGCGAAGACGCCAUGGCCGACCAGCUCACGGAAGAACAAAUUGCCGAGUUCAAGGAGGCGUUCUCGCUCUUUGACAAGGAUGGAGACGGCACCAUCACCACCAAGGAGCUGGGCACCGUCAUGAGGUCCCUGGGCCAGAACCCCACGGAGGCCGAGCUGCAGGAUAUGAUCAACGAGGUGGACGCCGACGGCAACGGAACGAUCGACUUCCCAGAGUUCCUUACCAUGAUGGCGCGCAAGAUGAAGGACACGGACAGCGAGGAGGAGAUCCGAGAGGCCUUCCGCGUCUUCGACAAGGACGGGAACGGCUACAUCAGUGCGGCGGAGCUGCGUCACGUGAUGACCAACCUUGGGGAGAAGCUGACUGACGAGGAGGUGGACGAGAUGAUCCGAGAGGCCGACAUUGACGGGGAUGGCCAGGUCAACUACGAGGAGUUCAUCACGAUGAUGAUGACCAAGUGAGCAGCGUCGAGUCCAACCGCCCUGCGUCAACGGCACCGCAACAGCCACCACCCGCACCUCGCUAUCCACCGUACCACCUACCACACCACACCGCACUAUCGACCACGACCACAUACCACACACACGCAUACCACAUCGCCUACCCGACACGCACCGCAUCAAUGCGCACGGCUGUUUAUCUACGUGCAAAGCUACACACUUCCUAGCACAUGCCUAAUAAUAAAUACAUCGAUGCACACGCAUUGACAACAGCGGUUUUACGCACGCGCGUACACGCGCGCGAAUGUUACUGAGCAAUAACAACCCUAAUCCUAGAGGUGCCCGGUGUGGCACAGGGUUGUGUGUAAAGUGGGGGUGGGUGGGGGGGUCGGGGGGGGGGGGGGGCGACUGUCGGGUGGGAGGGUGCCGAGGUGUUUAAUGGCCGUGUCAGAGAUGCCGCGCCGACAGCGCUGAGAACCUGAGUUCGGAUCCGGGUUUCCGUCGCGCAGCAGCCGCGAUGCCGACGCGAUCCCUCCGCCGACCGCACGCACACAAAUAAAUAACAACAACAACAACAACAAAAACGGUGACAAUUUUAAUUCGGGGUCUCACCGAAAUGUGGCUAAAUUCCAGCUCCCCGAAACGAAAAAUCGGUUUGACUUUGCCAUGUGGCUUAACGCUCACGCGUGUGCAAGGUGCCCCCCGCGCUCCGCCCCCCCCCCCCCCAGGGCGUGCUGAUUUAGAGGCCUCCUCUUGAAUUGUUGUUUGUGACAUCGUGGCCUUCCGCUGGCACGCGGUGGGCGCCGGACGCGACGCCGCCCCCGCGAGAUUUCCCAAUGGAUGCGUCGUCUCGCGACGCCACGCCGACGGCGCAAUUUUAUUUUUAAUAUAACCAAACAGCCUCGUCCCCCGCCCCCCGCCCCCCCAAACAACCAACUCCACCACUUCUCUCCCCCCCCCGCCCCCCGCCCCUCCCCAAGCUAAGUUUUGAAAGUUGGAGGCUCUGCACUAAUCGCGCACAAGAAGCCUCGAUGAUUGAGCACGGUCGCAGAACUCGCCUGCACGCGCUCACCUGUGCACUCGCCUGAAACCCAACACACCUCAGCUCUUGAGGGUCGGUAGGGAUACAAGUUUGAGUUUGUGUGGUUUUUUAAGUGCCCCGCCCCCCCCCCCUUUGCAGGGUCAAGGGUAGUCUCCGGGUUAGGGUCCGGGUUAGGGUCGGGGCUAGUGGGGGGAGGGGGGGGGUUCAGUUGUCGUUUGUGUGUAGCACUCGGAGGCGCGCGGCCUGGUGGUGAUGAUGUUAGGCGGUGUUUAAUUAACCGUGUGCUGCCACGUGCGUCUAAUUGUCUUAUCAUAGAUUCCGUACUGCAAGUCGACCAGGCAGCAGCGAUUCGCAGACUCCUCCUGGUUGUUGUUGUUUUUGUUCGCGACCCCACCGCAGGUACAGCCUUGAGAGCCGCCUGGUUACCCAAUCUCCUACGGAACCGAUGUUUGCUGCUGCUGCUGCAUUUCUUUGGUGUGUUAAACAUUCAUGGGCAUUGGGGACACAAAGACGGCCGGGCGUGGUGUUGUUGGCCAACCGGCCUUAAUGGGCGUCUCGCUAACAGCACUUGCUGUUAUACGGGUGACCUUUGUCUGUAAUGCGGGCGUGUGUGUGUGUGGCGUGACGCAAGCGAACGCUGAUUGUUACAAAGCCGUCGCGCGUUGCAUGCGCUGCUGUUGAGCAAUCAUCGGGCGCGCGUAGCGACAACGAGAUCUGUAUUGGAACAAGACGACGAUUGGAGGGGGGGAGGGGGGCGUGGUGGGGUCGCGCAGGACUGAAGGCUGGAAACCCCGGUGUAAAUUUUCUGUGCUUUUCCCUAAUAGUUAUUUUAUUUUGUACGUCCUACGGUGACAACAGCAAUACGGCAAUAGUGGUGAUGAUGAUAUCUUGCAUAACGCUACGAGAUAAGUGCCCUAUACAACCGGUCGCGUUUCUGGUUUGCUAUUCGACUCGUCAAGACCAUGUGCCUCCCCUAUAGAGAGACCCCCCCCCCCCCCCCCCCACUUAAUUGCAGUAUAUGUAUAGACUGUAUCUGUGCAAUACAGUACUUCACCACGAAGCCGGCAUGAA